ACUUUUAGUGCGUGUAAAAUGCCAAUACCACAAAACUAACGGAGGUUUUCGCAAAAGGUUGAUCUCAUAUCGUCGGAUCAUGGUAAGUCCGGCAGUACUCGAUCGGGAGAAAGGGGAAAAGCGCAGGGCGAGCCCGUCACUGUCAUGCGAACCCUACAGCUGUUGGAGCUGCGGAAGAACUCAUUCUUUCUAGGACACAACCACAACAGAGUGAACUGACCUCUCGUCCUUCUCCCUCUCUUUCUCUCUCGCCAGCAAUGGCGCACGGCAAGCGCAGGGUUGCGGAACGCCGACCCCGAUCCAAAGGUUUGGGCGUCGCUAAAAAGCCCAAAUCCGUCUCUCUCAAGAACCAAAUUCGCUCCGCCGAACGUAUGCUUCGUAGGAAUCUUCCUCCUGAAGUCAGAGAUGCUCAGCAAAAGAGGUUAGAAGAACUCAAGAAACAGCAGGAGAUUCAUACUCGUCUGGCUGUGGAGCGUAAAAUAUUUUUACGUGACAGAAAGAUAAAGUUUUUUGAGAGAAGGAAGAUCGAAAGAAGAAUAAGACGAUUGGAGAAACAACAACGUGCCUCAUCUGGGCAGGCCCACGAAGCAGAAAUUUCUGAGCAGCUUUCCAAAUUGAAAGAAGAUCUUGAAUAUGUUAGGUUCUUCCCCAAGACUGAGAAAUAUGUGUCUUUAUUUAUUGGAGGUGAUGAUUUGGAUAUGGUAGAAAGGAGAAAUAGAUUGCGCAAGCAGAUUAAAGCUAAUUUAAUUGCUGCUGCAGCUAGUGGGAAAGAUUUAGAAGAGACAGGAUCUGAGGAUGAUGGGCUUUUAGAUCUGAGUGAGGAUGAUUUCUUCUUGAGUGGAAGCUCAAGUGAUGAAGCAGAUGCAGAUGAUGAAUGGACAGAUAAGAGUGCAAGGGAACCAGCUUCUAGUGCUUCUGGCAAAGCAGCAUCUGGAAUGUCCAGUGAUGAAAGAAAUCAGACACAGGUUUCAGCUCGAGCUCUAAUGCCACCUCCUCGACCAUCGACCAGUUCAUUUCCAAGUUCAAAUCAUGUUCAAUCAAGGUUUGGAUCAUCAAGCAAGAAAUCAUCCAUAAGGAGGGUUGAAAUAUCUACAUCCAGCAACGCAUCAAGUGGCCGAAGUGGAUCUUCCUUUAAGGACAGAGGAUCCUCAAUUUCACGAGGUGGUCAUAGUAGCAAUGUGAGUUCCAAUUCUGAUGCUCAUAAGCCCAGAAGAAAAAGGAGGCCAAAGAAGAAAAAACAACAGGCAUAAAGUUGAUGAACUCAUGAGUUUGAUGCAACCUGUGUGUAACCAAUUAAAUCAGUCAGUUCUUCAUAGGAUGUUUAUGCUAAAUUCUUACAGCCUGGUGUCAGCCAUCUACUCGUUUCAUGUUCUUUUUCCAUGAAAAGGAGUAGGGAGUCUAAAUCCUACUGCAUCUCUGUGAUGAUCAAUUGGACUCGAUGGGCAUUCCACUGGAGCUGUUCUAGUUGAGAAUUUGUUUUCAUUUCCCAGUACUUGUAUAACAAAGUAUUAGUGUAUUGUUAUGGUGUGGACUUGGCAUUGAUAAUUAUCCGAGAAUCUAUAAUUACUGAGGAAAGCUUUUCUGUUCA